AUGGAGGAGACCACCAUCCUGGAGGCCGUGAAUCGGCUGAGAGCCGACCCCAAAGGGUUCGUAGGGUCAUUACGGGGAGACCCUCCUGAGGACGACCUUGUUGAUGAUGAAAACCCAAUCGGUAAAGACGAACACAUUGAUAACGAACUGGAGGAGGGUGAUACCGACGGCAAUGCCGAUGACUCUUUCGAAGACGUUGCAGCAGCAGAGCCUUUGUUGGCAUCUCCCAGCCUGUCGGUAUUAGCCGCUGAGUGUUGUAGGGCACUAGCUCAGGACAAGAUGGAGGAUGUGGGACUCCAAGACUACCUAAGGGAUGUUUGUAUGAGUGCUGGGUAUCAGUUGGGUGCCGACUGUCAUCCUUUGGGCAUCCUCCUCCCAGCGACCCCAACUGGGGACUUAAUACAAGCUUGGCUGAGUAGUCUGCCUCCAGAAGAUCGAAUGCACAUUGUCAGUGAGCAACUCCUCAACCCCCGCUUCAAAGAGCUAGGAGCGGCUGUCAUCUCUUCUACCGAUAAUAUAUUAGCUGUUAUCAUCCUGGCGAACGGGUCGCUCCCUGUGGAGGGUACGGAAGAAGAAGAGACGACAACAACCCCGGCUGAGUUGGCUUCGGCACCAGCAAUAGGAUGGUCAGAUGUUGUGGAAGCAUCUAAGCCCGCCUCACUCCGUGUGCCGAAGCGGAUGCAUGAAUCUGUAAAGAAGCUCUCUAGGCCCAAGAUUACCGCAGAUGUAGAGGCGGUAUCAUCAUCGACUGAGGCAGCCAAGCUCGGGAUAGCGACGCCGGGUUUGGGUCCUCAAGGCUACAUCCUCAAUCGGGUUGUGAGUGGCCAGGUUAUCCUUCCAUUCAAUUUCCCAUCGUUUGAGGUACGAGCCUUCGUUUCACAGUGUGACACUAACGACGACGGCCGUGUCACCGCUAGUGACAUCAUCUGUAUGGCUAAAACUAACGGCUCUCAUCGGCCCAAGGCCCUAGCCUUGGUCAUCGCUAACAUGGAGGAUAUGAUUGCUGAUAUAGUGAGUAAGCGGCGGAACCACCCUGUGAGGACGACUGCAGCAGAAGCCCUCUCGAGCUCCGUCACUUGGUCUGAAGUGGCUACUGCUAUGAGGGAACGGAAGGAAUGGACUCGUCUUGACGAGGAUAAGGAGCAUGCUGCGAAGAAGAUAGACAAUCUCAACAAGCAUUGGGUCUAUCAAAGGGACAAAUACGCUGGUCUAUGGGUAUUGACGCUGUCCCUGUGCGGCUUCAAGGCUUUCGUGCCCAUCGGAUGUCCCACGGGCGCUCGGCAGGAAGAUGGGGGAGUUGUUGUCAAGGAGGAUGCGCCUAGCCUUUCCCCUCAGUACUCUAACCCUGAGACCAGUGUGAGGGAGAAUUUUUGCCAGCAUGAGGGCGUUGAUGUCGGGUCUCGAGGAGAGCUGGGAGGGAGCCGUUGUGGAGAUAGUGUCAGUGAUAAUAUGACAUCUCAAGACCGGGUACGGUACACUUUCGAGGCGGUCCGGGAAUUCAAUGAUCGUUAUGGCAUGAUACAGAGGAGGUCGAACAACGCAAGGUUCCAUGACGAAGGCAGCAGGCCGAUGCUAGUAGCUGGCCGCCCUCCGCUUGGGGGCACCACAGGGCGGACCCAACUCACACACUUCCACAAUAGUUGUAGUUCGGUCCCUCCCAGACGGGAGUCCACAGAUCAACACCCUCCCUGUUCUAGGGCUUACUAUGGUGUUGCUGCUUUCAAGCUGGACUCUGGCCCUUAUGAUGAUAAGAAGGCCUGGAGAUCAGUGGGUGAGGACCUCAGACCUGAUGAUCGCCUAUCAACGAUGACAUGUACAGACCGAAGGGCCACUUGGGAUACUGUCACGCUGCCCAGGAGGGCCCAACGGCAAUAUGAGGUGGAGGAGUGUUCUCAGGAUCGUUGCCGCGACCAUAUCUGCGGCCGGGCCGCGUUCCUGGGCCCAUACGGAGCUUCCUCGUCCGACUCUUGCUCUCGAGUGGACUCUCCUGCCCGUCGUGGUCCUCACGGCCCUCGACUCUACAAUAGCCAGGUCCGUCCCCAGCCUCUGGCACCGGCCGUCUCUCAGAUAGAUACCCUGCCAGCAGAGGCUACCAUGAGGCAACAGGAACGGCAGUAUGAUAGGGAGUCGAGGCAUGCAGGGCUAGGACCAGGCUUCAAGCCAUAUAUGCCCAAGGCCAUGGGACCUCCUACUAAGUACCAUAACAUGGCAACACGAGAUCUUGGGGUUGAUACUAUCAUACAUGAUAAUCCGCCUGUAGAGGCUGAUCCAGCUAGUGAGUCGGAGCCUUUCAGGACCUUUGCUAGGCCCUUGGAUGCCAGCGAUAUGGACCGUCGCAUCCCCGUGGGCCCUCUGCCUUGUUGUCAGACGCUUCAACGUCGUGUUGUUCGUAGUAGUAGCAGUACCAUGCUGUCGUGUGUGAAGUAA